CAACUGCUGAAAUAUUCCAAAGAAAUGAGUCUGAGCAGUACACAUUUCGAGAAUGUACCCCUUACUCCCGCUUGUACACCACAACAUAUUCUUCUGCUUCACUUUUUCUUCUGUGCCUCAGUCCUGCAUGCAUCCACUUUCCAAACCUGGGUACUCCUCUUAACACGGGCUGGAUGUUCUGAACCACCCCCAGACCUCUUUGAUACCCAAUUGCCCAACGCUGAACUCCAAACAGAAAAGAACAACAACUACUAGUAACGCACACCUAGCUGACACCGCAUCAUCGACAAUUCCUCCAC